CGUGCUGUGGCCAGUCAUAUAGACCUCCAACAGUCGUCACGUCAACAUGGCGCGCCGUCCCGAGACCGUGCAAUUUUUGGCUGUCAUCGUGAUCGUAGUGCAACAUUUCACUCAUUUGGUCGAAUGCGAAGACAAAAGGAUCGUAAUUUUCAUGCCCCGUCGGAUCAAGACGGUGCACCACCACCAUCAUCACGUGGUACUGAUGGAUCCAAAGACGAAAACGAUGAAGCACGCAAGACCGUACUCGGAUAAGUCGUCGUCGUCGAUCACGUCCUCGUCGGCCGAGUCAGACUACCAGCAGCAACGGGACCGCCAUCGUCAUUAUCAACGCCAACGGCAGCAGCAGCAGCAGCAGCAGCAGCAACAGCAGCAGCAGCAGCAAUCCGAGGAAGCCGAAAGUCAUCCUCUGUCGUACUUCCAACAGCGGACAACCGUGAGGACCAGCGACCCGAACACAUCGCAGUAUCCGGUAUCGCAACUGCAACCUUCAGUGAUGCACUUACAGCCGUCGCAGACGUACCCAAGUUGGCCACUCAGGCAAAAGAGGUCGAAAGUCAUAGCCAGACUGCUGUACACCCAUGAUGAUUGAACCAGUUUUUUAAAAUUAUAUUUAUUUUCCACACUCACCGUCCGUAUCAUCUAAUGCCCAUCGACGUCUGCUGCAUUUAAUUUCAAAUUUUCACGGUCGUACACCGUAAUAAUAUUAUUGUAUUAUUCCUUCAGCGUAUACAAUGUACAUAGCGUACAUAGGUUGGGGCUGCUUUUGGCUUUAGCCCCCUCAAACCAUUUACGAAUAUUAUAUAAUAAUUUAUAUUUUAGAGCAAAAAUUAUUGAUAGCAUAGAACUCGAUAAUAGUAUUAUUUUGAUUUUAAAUGGUUUCUUCCGAAAACUCUGUAAUGUCUGUCUUCACAACAUCAAAUCUUUAAGGCACUGGGCAUGUACAGUUCCCGUUUCAUUGACAUUCAACUCUGCGACGUGCUUUAAGGACGUAGACCAAUUUCUGGCAAAAUAUUAAAUACUUACAGUGGAUUGUGUAUACCCAAUAGCAAUGUUUUUUUUAAUUAUUCUCAACUAUUGCAAUUUGUGUAAAAUAAUGAUAUUUGUAAUUAAUAAAAAGUACAAUAAUGCUGUAGUAGUAAUAAUAUUAUGAUCUAUAUAGUUAGUAUAGGUAAUUAAAAAUAAUAGUAUUAUUUCAUUUAAUUGUAUUUAUUUAUAUCCUCUAUUGUGUUGUAUAUCACCUUUUACAUUUAAGAACUUUGUAAACGGGUAUAGCCGUAAUUUAGUUAUAAGAAUAUGUAGUGUACCUAUAUCUAUUAAAUACUAUACAGUGUUUUACAAUACAUAUUAUACAUCGUACACGAUACACUUAAAAGUUUGUUAAUCAGUGUAACUGUGUAAAUAGUGUAAUAUAAAUAAUAUUAUUAUGCCCAUAAAUAAUAAGAAAUUAUUAAAAAAAUUGUGUUAGGUACCUACAUAAUAUCAUGUUCAAUAUUUUAUUUUUUUAUAUUUUUUAUAUUAUAG